UGCCAAGAGAAUUGUAGAAGGGUUUUUGGACCCAAGGCUAAUGCUGGGUUGAACCCAGAUUUAGGAGUAAAACCCAAAGGGCAAAGGCCCAGUACAUGCUGAAGUCGAAAGGAGGUGAACCCACGUCCACUAUAGAGGAAAAAAACAAACGAACGCAUCACAACUCGCAAACCAUACUAUAAGGCGACAUCGGAGGACGCAAGGAAUUCCAUCCACGUGGACGGCGGAGGUGCCGGAAAGUUGGCAGCCCUAAGACGACCAUGCGAGAGACUAUGAGAAAAAAGGGAAAUACCAUUAAAUUGUCAAAAAAAACAAAAGGCAGAGAGACAUGAUGCAGAAGCCAAAAAAUCAAUCAUGGGUUUUCCACACCCUGGAAUCCACCACUCUCGCUCUACUCCCUCUCUCUUCUACACUGUCGUAGCUCUUUCUUUCCUCUCCCUCGCCGCCCUCCUCAUCUACAAGGUGGAUGAUUUUGCUUCACAAACGAAAACAGUUGCGGGACACAAUUUAGAGCCAACGCCAUGGCACAUUUUCCCCUCAAAAAAAUUCACCGGAGAAACCCGACAAGCCCGCACUUACAAAAUCAUCCAAUGCUCCUAUCUCACUUGUCGCUACGCCACCAACGACGCCGCUCGACUCUCGGAGGAGCAGACGAAGCAACGCCGCCGUUUCAUGUCCUCUCAAGUUUCUGAAAAAUGCCCCAACUUUUUCAAUUUCAUUUACCGUGAUCUUGAACCAUGGGCCAAAACCCGAAUAUCAAUUAACCACACAAUGCAGGCCAAGCAACACGCUGCGUUUCGGGUUGUAAUCGUUGAGGGAAGAUUGUAUGUUGAUUUAUAUUAUGCUUGUGUACAGAGUAGAUUGAUGUUUACAAUAUGGGGAUUGUUACAGCUUCUGAAAAGGUACCCUGGGAUGGUUCCUGAUGUGGAUAUGAUGUUUGAUUGCAUGGACAAGCCUACUAUUGGUAGAAUCGAACAUGGGUCUUUUCCGUUGCCCCUGUUCCGGUAUUGUACGACUGAGUCCCACUUUGACAUCCCUUUUCCUGACUGGUCUUUUUGGGGUUGGCCAGAGACAAAUAUACAGCCCUGGGAUGAGCAGUUCAAAGAUAUUAAACAGGGUUCACAAGCUGAAAGUUGGACAGGGAGGUUGCCCUAUGCAUUUUGGAAAGGAAAUCCAGAUGUCGAAGCUCCAAUUCGCCAGGAGCUUAUGCAGUGCAAUGACUCUAGGCAGUGGGGUGCACAAAUUAUUCGUCAGAACUGGGCAGAAGAAGCAAAGGGUGGGUUUGUGCAGUCCAAGCUAUCCAAUCAGUGUAAGCAUCGUUAUAAAAUCUAUGCUGAAGGCUAUGCUUGGUCUGUAAGCUUAAAAUAUAUCCUAUCUUGUGGUUCUCUUGCUCUAUUAAUUUCCCCACAAUAUGAAGAUUUCUUUGCUCGUGGUCUCAUUCCGAAGUUGAACUACUGGCCUGGCUCUCCUAUUGAUUUAUGUCACUCCAUAAAGUUUGCUGUUGAUUGGGGUAAUACAAACCCAUCAGAGGCUGAGGCAAUUGGAAAAAGAGGGCAACAACUCAUGGAAAGUUUAAGCAUGGAUCGAGUCUACGAUUAUAUGUUUCACCUCAUCUCAGAAUACUCAAAGCUGCAAGACUUCAAGCCUGUCCCACCAUCAUCAGCUCAGGAAGUAUGCGAGGAAUCCCUACUUUGCUUGGCGGAACCAAAGCAGAAGGAAUACCUUAAAAGAGCAGCUGCUGUCGGUUCACCAACACCUCCAUGCAGCCUCGCCAAGCCUCCCAAUAGUAAUUUUUUCAAUAUUUUGACUGAACAUAAGAAGAAAAUUAUACAACAUGUGAAAGAUAUGGAGAUGCGAAAUGCAGUGAGACAUACGAUCUAGACUAGAAUAUAUAUGUAGUUGCCAUGUAUACAGAAAUUUUGUAGCGUUAAGGGUCCCUUGUAGAUCUCGCGUUUUCUUAUAAAUACCAUAUAGAAUCAGUUCACUUUA